UUUAGAGGUUUUCUAUUUGUCUUAUUUAAAAUGGGUAAUAAAGCAUCCAUUCGUGGUGUAGUAACUACAGCUUAUCAAGCUGAUCGAGACGACGGUUCUGAUCUGUUUGAUUUGGUAAAGUAUUUGAGCGCCGAAUCAAGAAAAGCCGCUCUGGAAACAAAAAUUAAAGAUGGCGACGACCUUGCCACUCCUCUCAUCAUCGCUGCUCGUGAUGGAAAACUGGAUUUUGUGAAGGUUCUUUUACGUUAUGAAGCAAACAUCGAGGCCCGUGGAACGAUUAAGAUUGACGGAGAAGUUAUAGAGGGUUGUACAGCUUUGUGGGUCGCUGCUGCUAAAGGUCAUUUUGAUGUUGUGAGACUCUUGAUCGAACAAAACGCUGAAGUCGACAGCAGAACAUCGAAAAAUUCGACUCCGUUGAUAGCUGCUGCCUUUAUGGGACACCUUGAUAUUGUACGCUGUUUGGUUGAGAACGGGGCCGAUGUAAAUGCACGCAAUAAUUUCAAUAGUACUCCUCUGAUGAUAACAUGUCACAGCGGCCACCUGGAUGUUGCAUCCUAUCUUGUCAAACACGGCGCAAACAUAAAUCUACAAGACAACAAUGGAAGCUCGUGUCUUCAUUGUGCUUCGGAACGGGGUCAUGUUCAGCUAGUUUGUGAGUUGCUCGCUUCAGGAGCAAAGCAAACACAAAAUCUUAACCGUUUAACACCACUUCUUGAAGCCAGUAAUAAUUGUAAAAUUGAAAUGGUGGAGUGGUUCAUCAACCGACCACAAUGUUCAAAGGAAGAAAGAAUUGAUGCUCUUGAGCUUCUUGGGGCCACCAUUGCUAAUGAUCCUCAUGCCUACGACAUCAAAAGAGCGUUUCGUUUCAUGAAGCGAGGAAUGGAGGAGAGGUAUGAGGAUCCGUCAUGUCCUUUGCUUAAAAAGAAAAUGGAACCAGUGGAGGCUUAUCAAAAUAGAACAGAGAGUCAAACUCUUGAGGAACUUUCUCUUUUAGAAGGUGAUGAUCAUGCUAUCCAGAUGGAGGGACUUAUGGUGAGAGAGAGAAUCCUUGGAACUGAUAAUACAAUACUACGGGACCUGAUAGCUAAGCGAGGAGCUGUCCUAGCUGAUUUUAAGAGGUACGAACUCAGCGUCGGUUUGUGGACACGAGCAGUGAAGUUAGCUAUGAAUUACAAUGUUCCAAAAACACUGGAGCUUAAAUUCCUCACAAAUGUAAUUGCAGAAAUGAUGCAGAAUGGUCACAGUUUGAGUCCAAAAACUAUCGAGAACAUUUUUGAAAAACUUAUCGAUGGAAGAAGGAAACUGACCGAAAACUUGAAGCCUGGAGAAUUGGAAGAAGAGCACAAAAGUGAGGUGCAAGAGACAUUGCUUUUUCAUGCUCUAUAUCUCUUGGUGAUGUACACCAAAGUGCAAGUUUCCUUGGAAAUGAAAAAUGACAACUUGAUUGAUCUUCUUCAAAGAUUUCUGUGUUUAGAACCUCGCACCCGUGAUGGAAAUACACUUUUGCACUUGGCUGCAUGGCAUAAGACUCCUGUUCCUAGAGACAUUGUAGCUAAUUGGCGAGGUGUUUGCGAACUUCCCUGUGUUGAGACCAUGAAGCUAAUUUUAUAUGCGGGGUGUGAUGUGAAUUCCGUUAAUACCCAAGGAAACACUCCUCUUCAUUUAGCCGUCACUUUUGUACCAGGACCUGAACAAGUAGACAUUUUGAAAGAAAUGCUGGAGUUGUUGUUAGAUCUUGGCGCAGAUACAAAGCUUGUUAACAAGAAUGGUCAAACAGUUAUGGACUGCUGCGAGACUGACGAAGCCCGAGGCAUCCUGUCUGCAAAAGGAGGACUGGGCACCAUGAACAUCGAGGCCAAAAAGAAUAAAGUAACUGGAAGUGGAUUUCGUGAAGGAAGAGGGGGUACACUUGUUCUUGGAACCCAAAAAACCUUGAAUGAGAAUGUUAAAAGGAAAAUGAAGAAGAGAUCAGGACUAUUAAAAGAAUCGACACAGCAGCUGGAAAACGUUCAAGAGCAACUAAGAAACAGAGAUGGAGAACUGAGGGAGAUGACACAGCAGUUGACAAAUGUCCGUAGGCAACUACAAGAGAGAGAUGGACAACUAUCAGAAAAAGCUCGCCAACUAAGAGAGAGAGAUGAAGAACUGAGGAAGAAGACACAGCAAUUGACAAAAACCCAGGGGCAACUACAAGAGAAAGAUGGACAACUGAGGGAGAAGACACAGCAGUUGACAAGUACUCAGGGGCAACUACAAGAGAGAGAUGAACAACUGAGGGAGAAGACAAAGCAGUUGACAAACACUCAGGGGCAACUACAAGAGAGCGAUGGACAACUGAGAGAGAAGACACAGCAGUUGACAAAUACUCAAGGGCAACUAAAAGAGAGAGAUGGACAACUGAGAGAGAAGACACAACAAUUGACAAAUACUCAAGGGCAGCUAAAAGAGACAGAUAAACAACUGAGGCAGAAGACACAGCAGUUGACUAAUGUCCAAGGGCAACUACAAGAGAAAGGUGGACAACUGAGGGAGAAGACACAGCAGUUGACAAAUACUCAGGGGCAACUACAAGAGAGAGAUGAACAACUGAGGGAGAAGACAAAGCAGUUGACAAACACUCAGGGGCAACUACAAGAGAGAGAUGGACAACUGAGAGAGAAGACACAGCAGUUGACAAAUACUCAAGGGCAACUAAAAGAGAGAGAUGGACAACUGAGAGAGAAGACACAACAAUUGACAAAUACUCAAGGGCAGCUUAAAGAGACAGAUAAACAACUGAGGCAGAAGACACAGCAGUUGACUAAUGUCCAAGCGCAACUACAAGAGAAAGGUGGUCAACUGAGGGAGAAGACACAGCAGUUAACAAAUACUCAGGGGCAACUACAAGAGAGAGAUGAACAACUGAGGGAGAAGACAAAGCAGUUGACAAACACUCAGGGGCAACUACAAGAGAGAGAUGGACAACUGAGAGAGAAGACACAGCAGUUGACAAAUACUCAAGGGCAACUAAAAGAGAGAGAUGGACAACUGAGAGAGAAGACACAACAAUUGACAAAUACUCAAGGGCAGCUAAAAGAGACAGAUAAACAACUGAGGCAGAAGACACAGCAGUUGACUAAUGUCCAAGGGCAACUACGAGAGAAAGAUGGACAACUGAGGGAGAAGACACAGCAGUUGACAAAUACUCAAGGGCAACUACAAGAGAGAGAUGGACAACUAACAGAAAAAGAUCAUGGACAACUGAGGCAGAUAAGAAAUCAUUUGACAGAUGUCCAACGACAAGUACAAGAAAAAAAUGAAGAAUUUACUUCCUUGGGAAGACUGCUGAGGGCCAAACAGCGCGAAACAGACGAACUGAAGACGUCUCUUUCAGCAGCUCAAAGGGCGCUUAACGAACGUUCACGCCGUCAGACUCCUAAUUGGCUCAUUCCACGCGAUCAGAUUCAGCUGACGGGCAAAUGCCUUGGAAAAGGAGCCUGGGGAAGUGUUAUCGAAGGCAAAUACUGUGGCUGUGCUGUCGCCGUCAAACAGAUACACGAAUUGAUACUUUGUGAUCACAACCGUAGAAUGUUUGAGCGAGAGAUGAGCAUUGCCGCCAGAUGCCGCCAUCCUUGUUUGCUGCAGUUCAUUGGGGCAACGAACGAUGAAGGAAGUCCUUUGUUUGUGACAGAGCUCAUGGAAUCUAGUUUACGAGCACUGUUAGAACAGCGGUCUCUUUCUUCACUUGAAGUGUCUGUCAUUUCUCUAGAUGUUGCUCGAGCAUUAAACUACCUCCACUUACAGAAACCAUCCCCCAUUAUUCACCGCGACAUCAGCAGUGCCAAUGUGUUGCUGUGGCGGCAAGCUGACCAAUGGCGAGGCAAAGUGUCAGAUUAUGGCACGGCGAAUGUUUUGCAGCACACCAUGACAGCUCGUCCAGGUGCUAUAAUAUACAGUGCACCUGAAGCGCAUACUAAACACCAAACCGUCAAGGUUGAUGUGUACAGUUUUGGAGUUCUACUCUGUGAGGUUUGCAUCCAGGAACUUCCCGAUCCUGACAGGCGCGACGAGCAAGUUGCCAUGGUGACAAACGGCGUGCUUCGAGCUCUCAUUCGGGGAUGCCUGCAACAAGAUGCUGAAAAAAGACCAAGUAUGGAAGAAAUAAUUGAUGAACUCGAACAACCAAUAUAAGACCAAGUAUGGAAGAAAUAAUUGAUGAACUCGAACAACCAAUAUAAGAUUGGUUUUGAAAAGAUCUACUUUCUAUCUACACUUGCAAUCGAGAAGAAAAGAAACGUAAAAACCUUCCGCCAUUCCGCCAUUCCACCAUUCCACCGUCCCUGCCUUUAGGGUCACCCGGUUGUCUUAUAGUGAGUACAAGGGUGUAAUUCACAGAGGCAAUUGUACAAAGAACAAGCUCAAUAAUGAUAUGGAGAAAAACCUUCAUCCUGGUAUGCACUAUGUGGAUCCCAGUAAAACAAUAAAAGCACCAUAUAGUCAAGGGGAUGUUGUUGUGUUGUGAGAAAAUGCAGGGCAACAAUGUGCAGCAAUGAAUUUAUGUGCAUUUAAAUAUACCACAAUUUGAAAGGCAUAGGCAAUCUCAAUGAAUUGAAACAAAUGAUGCAUAUUGGAAGUCAACUAUAUAGCAGUUUGUCACAAUUAUCAAGACAAUCAUUUUUACUGCUAGCAGAUUUAACAUCAAUGCCUAUAGUACUAGGGGAAGAUUACCAGCUAGAAUACAGUGAAAGUGACACUGGUAAUGUCCAUGGUGGGCCUACCAUUGAGGGAUAUCAAUACUGUAUGGGCCUGAAAAGAGCUUUUGAAUCACAUAUAUCAGAAUGGUAUAAGUCAUUUAUUUUAACAGUUGGAUGCAUUGCUGUGGGUAUCAGUUACUGUGCGGAUAAUGGCCAUUUUAAAGUGUUUGACUCACAUGCUAGAGAUGUUCAUAGUAAAAGUCAUGUUUGAGGACCGUGUUGUAUCAGUAUAUCAUCUACAGACAACUUAGUGCAUUAUUUCCAAAGUUUAUAUGGAGCAACUGAUCUGUAUGAACUAAAAGGUUUACAAAUUACAAAAUAUGACAUGGUAACAAGCAACAAUGUAAGAGAAGUAUUAAAGAGAUCAUCAGGUCAACACAAGUGUUACAAAGACCACUGUUUUGCAGUAGUUCUUUAUUCUUUAUGUUACUUGAUCAUUUUGCCUUGUAGUUACUGGAACUCAAAUACCUUAGAUGCAAUCAUUGAAAAUCAGGAUCUCAGCUUAACAAUGCAAUGCACAGUAAGCACUGUUUAACACCUGUUACC